AACUAUAGCACUGUUAAGGUACCCCAAGUCUCCAAAUCUUCCCAUCCACAUCCGUAAAACUGUAAAAGAUACGUGGUAAUUAGAUCAGCAGCACAAGCAGAGACGAAUUUGGCAUAUCUUCAUCUUAAUCUCUGCUCUCGAAUCGAUCCGAAUAUAGCAUUUAAACCCGAGGUCCGGCAAGGUCGAAUCCUGUCAAUGAACGGCAGAUAGGUUUAAGCAUGACUUUUGGUGAUGGGUUAAUGCGUCGGCGACUUGGGCCGCUGGACAGAUCUAGAUGACGGUGAUUGAAGCCCUUAUCCUCACUUCAGAUCUUCAUCAAAGCUCCCAUCUUUGAAAUCUCUGCUCAGCUCUGCCUUUAUCUGUAAGCUUCUCCAUAACUUGCAUUUUUGUGUACUGGUUUCUUGUACUUUUCUUGAAUUUGUAUGCGCGAAUCUGUGUGUGUAAAACUGGGAAAAAUGAUUACCAUCAAUGAAUGAGGUUGAGGUGGAGCCGGGGGUCUCUAGGAAACAGUCUCCCUACUUCCGAGUAGGGGCAAGGUCUACGUACACAUACCCUCCCCAGACCCUACUGUUGUGGGAUUCACCUAAGUUGUUGUUUUUGUAUGUAGAUGCAUGAGAAAUCUCUAUCUCUAUAUAUACAAACAAUGCUAGGAGGCUAAAAUGAAUAGUGUUCCCGUCUAAAUUUAUUGGGCUGGGUCACUGUCAUUGGGCUGCAUUUGGGUCGGAUAACUGGAUAUGGGCUUCUGCAAUUAGGCUAUCCAUUGGGUCAAUCUUGGGAUCCAUUUCUUUAGCAUAUUUUACCGUGCAAAAGUAAAUGAACCAUGUUAAAUGUAUAGAUAUCUUUUGUCCAACCAGCAUUUAAUGCAUGUCAAUCAAAACAAGACAAAGCAAUAUCACGGUCUAUUGUAUAAAUUGGGACGAUUGGAGAUAAAUCUUCGCACCCACCCCUCCGGGAGAGCAGCCGCCGCCCUCCGCUGCACGAUCUCUGCGCUACUCACCCCUCACACCUUUAAUUCGAUCAAGCCCUUGUCUUCUUCUUCUUCGUACAUUCAUCACUAUCCCCAAAUCCCUAACCAGUGGUCGGGUCUGCACCACUGGAGGCACGGUCCUCCGAACCACGACCGUUUUUGGGGACCCGUUGGGCCUGAGGUGGAGCCGCCUGUUCCUGGGAGCCCCGGCAUCAAAAGAUCUGAGCAAUGUCCGGUGGGCUCGGGAUCUUCUCUUGCAGAAAUUGGCUCUCUGGUUCUCUCUACUGCUCACCCUCUGAGCAAAUCAAAGCUUUCCCACUUGGGUUAUUGCAGGUGGCGUGAGAAGGGAUUGCCCAUUGGAGCCUGUCAACCGCCGGAUAAGCCUGCCAGACCUCCAUUACCCAUUCUAGAGGCUAGAGGUCUAGAUGCUGGUCCCCGACUCGUGCAAAAAUUAAUUGGCUUUGGAGAUCACAGGACUGCUGACAUUGUGGCUAGAAUUGCAGCUGAAGAAGUAGCACAUGUUGCAGUUGGUGUAUACUGGUUUUCUUCUGUUUGUCAGAAGAUGAAUCGCCCACCUUGCUUGCAAUACUUUUAAAGAUUUGUUGAAGGAGUAUGAUGUGGAGCUGAAGGGACCAUUCAACUAUACGACCAGAGAUGAAGCUGGGAUCCCAAGGGAAUGGUACGAUUCUUUGUCCUCAAAGAAAGAAUAAGAUCAAACUCCUCUUUCUCAGGUAUUUUAUGCAUAUACUAUGAUCAGAUAUAGAGAUUUGCGAUUUUUAGUACACAAGGUAAAAAUGGAAGUGAUGCACUAGUUUUAGUCAACCAAUUCUAUUGAAAUUCCAUUACCAACUUUAGUUAACAUGAAAACAAAUUAAAGAGAUCUUGGAAUACCUUAUAAGUGUAUGAUAGACUGGCUUGCAUAGUUUUUAUGGAAAAGGAGAACUCUAACAUGUAGAGUGGAUUCCAACCAAUCUCCAUGAAGAAAGUAACUUGUACAUA